AUGCGUUCCGAGGCUUCGAAUUCGUCGGCGGGCCGUUCGCGCAGGGAAAAACCGCGGCUCGAAUUGGCUGCCGACCAGCCUCUGACCACCCAGGGGAAGCCACGCACGCGUGUGUACGUAGCGUGUGUCCAGUGCCGCGGCAGGAAAAUUCGCUGCGACGGCGCGAAGCCGGUCUGCCACAACUGCAGUCGCAGGGCGGAGAACCCCCAGCUGUGUUCGUACGACACGGCUCCCAAGCGGCGCGGGCCCGACAGGGUACCUGGGGCGCGCCAGCGGUCGGCGACCGGUCCCAACGACAAGCCGCGCAGGCGUAGGAGACCCCCGCCCCUCGACGCGGGCGGCCAUGUGUUCGAGUCCUCCCAGAGCGCGAGCACGAGCCCAGUGGACUACAAAUCGGUCACCUUCAGCCCGACGGGCCACACCUUCAUGACCGACGCGGGUGUCGCGCAUCACGACAGCUUGACAAUUAUCCAAGAGGUCGGGCCCGGGCAGUACCACAGGCACCGUCAGGAUAUGUCGCCGGUCUCCAGCGGGCUCGGCACCCACUACGCCCAAAGCCACGACCGCACUAUCCUCGGCGGCGGGACGCUCCAUGCGCACGUAGGUCCAUCAACGAUCCCGCUUGGGUCACCUCUGUCCGACGAACCUACUGCCGUCGGGUAUGCUGCGGAUAUCCCCGUCGCGCAGGCACACCCGUUCGGCCGUGGGGUCGGCGAGGAAGGGGAGUACGAGUAUGGCGAAGAUGGGAGGCCGUCGGGGCGCCGGGAGCAGAAGGACGCGAUCGCGGCAGACCCCGGGGUGCAGUUCACGCGGGAGACGUGGUGGGACGCCCUCCUGGUGCUGUACGCGACCGAGGGCGAUACACACGAGGCCGCGCACGACAUCGCGCUGACGAUGUCCCCGGGAAUACGAGAGGACACGACGCAGAACAUCACGGCCGAUCUCCGCGCGAUCUUCCGCGCCUCCCCGUACUGGCUGAACUUCAUAAACCUGCCGCGGUUUUUCGGGACCUUGCUGGAUCCGCGCGCCCGCCACAGGGUCCAGCCGAGCUUGAUACUGGGCGCGCUCGCGCUCGCCACAUUCUUUAGGAGCCACGAGGGGGAGCUUGGGGCCGCCGGGAGGAGUCGGGCGUUGAAGCUUAGGGACCAGGCGCAGAGUGCCUUGGAGGCGAGCUUGAGCUCGCGGUGGGUCGACCCUAGCCUCGUCCAAGCUGCAUGGCUUAUCGCAUUCUUUGAAAUAUGUGCUCACCCGCUACAUUCCACGCCUCGCGUCCGCUCGUCCAUGGGCAUGCUGGACGCCCUCCUGCGCAGCAUGGGCCUCUUGGCGAUAGACGCGGAGGACCCGCGCGCAUCCAUUUUUACCACGGGCGUGCCGGCAGUGACAAAUGCGUUGGCGCGCCCCGUGCGUCACCGACAGCUCGCCGAAGAUUCCGAUGCGCCCUGCACCUGCAUGACGUUUACCCUGGGGCACACCUGGCCGAUGGUCCGCGAGUUCGCGCCACUCUGGGACAUGACGCCGACGUGGCAGAGCGAGUGGACGGAGAGCGAGAUCCGGAAGGAGGAGUGCCGGCGCCUCGUCUGGAGCAGCGUCGUGCUCACCGCCGGCCACAGCUCGUACACCGCGGCGAGCUCGGCGAUGGAGGUCCAGCAGCUGUUCUUGAUGGACCCGCGGAACUACGCACUGCUCUUCCCUGGCGAAUCGCUCAUGCACACAGACGCGCCGGGGGAUCCGCCCGCGGUACCGCCGCCGGACAAGGCCUCGGUGUGGGCGCUGUACACCCGCGCGAUGCUGAUGUGGAACAGCUGCAUCCGCAUGCGCGCAGACAGCACGCUUCCCGACAGCGAGAAGGCGGCGUUUGCGGUCGCGGCGUGGCAGGAGAUCGACGCGAUCGAGGACGCGCUCGAGCGGCACACCUGCGGGAUCGAGCGCUCCUUCCUCUUCCAGGGCCGCGAGCUGCUCUUCAACUCGCGGAUGUGCAUCGCGUACGAGUUCCAGCGGUGCCUGCCGCAGACGACUGCGCACGCGAACCUGCUCUUCUACCGGAGGAAGGCGGAAGAAUGGCUUACGCACCUGGCGUCUCUUGGGAAGCGCGUCCUGAACGCGGGGCUUCCGUCCGUCACGGGCCUGCCCGCGGCGAGCCUGGCCAAGCGUCCGUUCCUGCUGUUCUGGUUCAUGUCGCAGAUCGAGAGGGCGCUGACGCUCUGGGCGUACGAUCAGACGCUGUCCCUGGCCCUCGACGUCGCGAGGGCGCUCUCACGUCCGGUUGAGUACCUGAUGAACCUGUGGCCCUGUCCCGAACAGAGACGGCGGUGGGACGAUCUCUACCAGAAGCUCGUUGGUUCCUGCUAUGCUGCCGGGGUCCCGCUGUCCUCUCCUUCCGAAAACGAUCCACCUGCUCAGCCCCAACUUCUACCGAUCGCUGAGCAAGCAGGAUCUACACAGACCUGA